AUGUCGCGUCCUUAUCAUUCACCUUCAAGACAAGGAGGGGGUGGAAGCUAUCGUCAAUUUCCUUCUCCUGUCCCUCAAGAUUCUUACGCGUCAAAUGUUCCUCAAACCCAGAGCAUUCCUAUGAAAGUUGGCCGCUGCCCUAAUGAUUUAUUGGCCAUGACUAACUAUCUUUUCGUUUCUCCCAGAGAUUUUGAUCCAGCGGUCCGUCAUGUUAUAGUAAACGGUCGAUUUGUCUUUAGCAUCAAACCCGAUGAAGGUGUACCUCCUCGUCAAAUUGGGACUACUUUGUUUCAUAGACGCUGGGCUUUCCUAUCGCUAAACGAAGAUAUUACUGUAAGCCCAUAUAGACCUGAAGGAGAAAAUAUUUAUCUCGGAAAAAUAGACUUAGAAGUCGGUUUUUUGAGAAAAGUCGAGAACAAAGAACAAUUCGAUACCGAGGAAAUGUCGAAAAUGUUUAUCCAGAAUUUUAAUAAUCAAAUUUUCUCCACAGAACAGAUAUUAUUGUUUGAGUUUCAUGGCAAUAACUUACAAGUUGUAGUGAGAAAUGUUCAUGUUGUCGAUUUUGUUGCCAUGCAAGAAGGAGUAUUAGACACUACUAAUCAAGAAGGGCAACAAGUAGCAAGCAGAGGUAUUUUAAUGCAACAAUCCGCUAUUCAUUGGUCAAAAGCGCCGGAUUCAUCGAUCCGCCUAAAGGGAUCUUCCCGCAGCAAUAGCAAUACCAUAAUUCAACCUAAUUUUAAGUUUGAGGAUAUGGGUAUUGGUGGUUUAGACGUUGAAUUUAGUAAUAUCUUUCGACGUGCAUUUGCUUCUCGAAUUUUCCCCCCGAGUUUGGUCGAGAAACUUGGAAUUCAGCAUGUCAAAGGUAUUCUUCUAUUUGGACCACCAGGAACAGGUAAAACUCUGAUGGCAAGACAAAUUGGGAAAAUGCUUAAUGCCAGGGAACCUCAAAUUGUAAAUGGACCCGAAAUCUUGGAUAAAUAUGUGGGUCAAUCGGAGGCAAAUAUUCGUAAACUUUUUGCAGAAGCAGAAAAAGAAUAUAAAGCCAAAGGGGAAGAUUCUGGUUUGCAUAUCAUUAUUUUCGAUGAAUUAGACGCAAUUUGUAAACAACGUGGCGGCAAAAGUGACGGAACUGGCGUUGGUGACUCUGUAGUGAAUCAAUUGCUGGCAAAGAUGGAUGGUGUAGAACAAUUAAAUAAUAUUCUUAUAAUUGGAAUGACAAAUCGAUUAGAUUUGAUUGAUGAGGCGUUGACGCGUCCAGGUCGAUUGGAGGUUCAUAUGGAAAUUGGAUUACCGGAUGAAAAUGGAAGAUUACAAAUCUUGAAAAUUCAUACUGCCAAAAUGAAAGAAAAUAGUAUAAUGGAUUCUGAUGUUGAUUUAACAGAACUCGCAAACCUAACAAAAAAUUUCAGUGGUGCAGAAAUAAAUGGUCUUGUAAAGAGUGCAAGUUCUUUUGCAUUUAAUAGACACGUAAAAGUGGGUACACUUGCCGGAGUCACGCCAGACGUUGAAGAUAUGAAAGUCAAUAGAAAUGAUUUUUUAGCUGCACUGGAUGAAGUUCAUCCGGCAUUUGGUGUUAGCGAUGAAGAACUGCAACAGUGUGUGCAAAAUGCGAUAAUUCAAUUCGCGCCUAUUGUUGAAAGAAUAUUAUCUGAUGGACAAUUAUUCAUAGAACAAGUGAGGAAGAGUGAAAGAACUCCGGUUGUUAGUGUUUUAUUACAUGGACCUGGUGGUAGUGGUAAAACAGCUUUAGCUGCCACAAUGGCAAUGUCCUCAGAGUUUCCUUUUAUAAAGUUAAUUUCGCCUGAAAACAUGGUAGGGUUUUCAGAGUCAGCAAAAAUGAGUGUUAUUAACAAGGUUUUCAAUGAUUCUUAUAAAUCACCGUUAAGUGUGAUAGUCAUCGAUAAUAUUGAACGUCUUCUUGAUUGGGUUCCAAUUGGUCCCCGGUUUUCAAACGCUGUAUUACAGACUUUAUUGGUUCUAUUGAAGAAGCGGCCACCAAAAGAUCGACGUCUAUUGAUUCUGGUCACUACGACAGAACGACCUGUAUUAGAGCAAAUGGAUAUGAUAGAUUGCUUCAAUUCAGAAAUCUACGUACCCAAUAUCACUGAUUUAACUUCGGUGGAGAUUGUACUACGAGAACUAAGUUUAUUCAAUGAUCAAGAUCGGCAAAGAGCAUUAGAUUUUUUAAGACAAAGUGGAAUCGACAAGAAACUGACGAUUGGAAUUAAAAAAUUGUUAAUGAUAAUAGAAAUGAGUAGACAGGAUGUGGAUAGAGUGGAUAAAUUUACUACGACUUUAUUGGGAUUAUAA